GCCUGGUGUCGAAUGGCAAGUACUCGGUUGUUGUACGAUUUAUAUUACAUAACCACUGCUGAGAGAUAAAGGUUUAUCGUUUGAAGAUGAGUUUUCUCAUAAAACUAGCGAUUUUUGUGGCAAUAUAUUCAAUAUUUCACAUGUUUAUAUUGAGACCUUACAUCGCUGGAGGAGUUUGUACAAGUAAAGCUAGACUUGAAGGUAAGACGGUGAUCGUCACUGGUGCAAAUACAGGUAUUGGAAAAGAAACAGCUGAAGAUCUUGCUAAGAGAGGAGCUCGAGUGAUCUUGGCUUGUCGAAACUUACAGAAGGCUAAUAAAGCUAUGAGUGACAUUAUUGAGAAGACUGGGAACAAGAACAUUGUAGCAAAACGAUUUGAUCUUGCUUCUUUAGCAUCUGUUCGUGAAUUUGCUAAAGAUAUCAUACAGAAUGAAGAUCGUCUUGAUGUCUUGAUCAAUAAUGCAGGCGUGGCACAGUUUCCAAAUCUCACAAUGACUGAAGAUGGAUUUGAAACUCAGAUGGGAGUUAAUCAUCUAGGACAUUUCUUGUUGACAAAUUUACUCCUUGAUCUUCUAAAAAAGUCUGCACCUUCACGAAUUGUUGUUGUGUCGUCGUCGGCACAUUGGGUCAUGACAAAAGAUUUCAAUUUUGAAAACAUGAAUGGCGAAAAAUUUUACCAUCGCGCUGAUGCCUAUGGACAGAGUAAACUGGCAAAUAUUUUAUUUACUCGAGAGCUUGCAAAACGCUUGCAAGGGAGUGGAGUGACUGCAAACUCUCUCCAUCCAGGUGCUAUAGCAACUGAGCUUGGUCGUCAUUUUCCACGAUAUUUACUGGUCCUAAUCAGUUCUAUUGCUCCUUAUUUUGUUAAAACUCCAAAAGAAGGAGCUCAAACAAAUAUUUAUCUUGCUGUCUCGGAAGAAGUUGAUGGUGUAACUGGUUUGUACUUUGCUGACUGUAAAGAAAAAAUUCCAGCAGUUACAGCACAGGAUGAUGAUGUUGCUAAAAAACUGUGGGCAGUUAGUGCGAAACUUGUUGGACUUAAUGAUGAGGUCUAAAAUUGAACUUUCAUUUUGUUUGUUGACUGCAUUGUUGUGCAUGAGUCAAAUCAGGGGGGAGACAGCCUAUAUUUUUUGCCACUUGCUAACAACAGGAUGUACAAGUGCAUUAAUUUACUUAAGCUUUACCUUAGAAUAACUAAAGUGCUCUGUGCACAAAAUAUUAGUGAAACAGUGAAUCAAUAGUUCAAUAAAAAUUCCCUGUCAUAAAA